AUGUUGACAAAAUCACUUAAAUUAUUUACGAUUUUAACAAGUUUUAUCUUUUUUAUUGUAACUAUGUCAUCUACAUUUCUCUAUCAUCGAAAACUUAUUAUUAUAAAUACCACAAUUCUAACUAUGAAUACUUCUAGUCUUUCUUUCUAUCCAUAUAUAGCUGUACUUGUUGAAUUUCGUGCUGUUGAUCAUAUAAUUACUAUUGUUCAUAAUAUUAAUUAUCAUAUUCCAUCAACAUGGCCUAUUCAAAUUUUUCAUGGAAAAGAUAAUGAAGCUUUUAUUAAAAACUCAACAUUAGCACCAUUAAUUGCAUCUGGAAAAAUAUUUCUUACUUUAAUGGAACAAGUUUAUGGAAAAAAUCGAACAAAUGAAUUAUUAACAGAUUCUAAAUUUUGGCAACAUGUUCGUGGUGAAAGAAUUCUUUUCUUUCAAAUCGAUUCAGCUAUGUGUUCAAAUUCUCCACAUAAAAUUACUGAUUUUCUUCAAUAUGAUUUUAUUGGUGCUCCAUGGGAUCCAGCAUGGUUUGGACCUACAUGGUUUGGACCUAGCAAAGACUUAGUAGGUAAUGGUGGAUUUUCAUUACGAAGUCGUAGUAAAAUACUUGCUUUACUUGCACUUGUUCCAUAUGAUCAACAAUCACAAGAAGAUGUUUGGUAUUCACUGAAUUUACGUCGAGUAAAUGGAUUAAUUGCUCCAGUUGAUAUAGCUAUAACAUUUGCAGUUGAAACUGUAUUUUAUGAUAGACCAUUAGCUGUACAUCGACUUCCUGAGAAUUGUACAAGACGAGAACAAUUGUUUAAAACAUGUCCUGAAGCGAAGAUGGUAGCAACGAAAACAUGCACAUAA